AUCCCAAGGCGAGCUCACACCACAAACUCCAAUUAAUCACUAAAUCUAAUUUCGUGUGAUCAGCAGCUCCAAAUCUAAAGGGGGAAUAAAAAUCUGGGCGAAAUUAGAGGUGCAGCGGAGGAUAAGCCAAAUCAAGAUGACACCCUUAUAACAUGUUACACCAAUCUUGAUUAUCCGUUUUCUUCACAGAGAGAGAGAGAGAGAGAGAGAUAUGGUAGAGCUCUGUUUGAUGGCUUCGCAUGGCUGCUACCCUCCUCACGGACUGGGGGCUGCUUUCCAUCAAGAACUUGCUUUCUGCAGGAGUUCCAAUGAAUUUCAUCAUUUAUCCCCCUAUAACGGAUCGAGACAAGACCUUGUUGAUCCCCUUUCGUUCAGUCUAAGUGGGCUGCAAAAGGAGGAGUGGAGAUCCCCUUGUGGAUUCUUGGACUUCAACCACUCAUUCAGAUUUGACUUGAUGUGUAGGAGGCCUGCGGUCGUUGAUUUUGAAGACACCAGCCUUGAUUCUGUGCUUUUUGGCUUUGGGAUUGUUGAACGAUGUGCAAGGCAAGAGAAGAUCUUGAAGCUGCUUACGUCUGGAUCAAUUGAAGAUGAAGAUCCCUUGCUGAACUUUCCGAUGUUCUAUGAUUUAACGGGAUCUCAGUCACCUAUUGCAGAUGUGCCUCAGCUUAGAUACGAAGGCCAACCUAUGCAGAAUCUUGUAUACCCAACUAAGGAACUUUAUUUCAAGGAGCCGUCGUUGGACUUAGUUGAUGAUAGAAGCUAUACCAGCACUGAAAUGGCUGAUAUGCUUUCAAUCAUCUCCGACAUUCAUUCACUCAAGAACACGAAUAAAUCCAGUAGGCAGACGUUGCUGGUCCCUUAUUUUGAAAGGCGAAGAAAAGCAAGUGCUGGUACUAAUGCAUCAAAAGUCGCACCUGAGAAAGUUAGGUUUCCCAAGAGCCAUGACAAAGUGAAGGAAAAGACACCACGGAAGAAGAAGAUGACGAGGGAUGCCUACAGCAACAGCUCCCUUCAUGCUUGCGAAAGUCUUCUAUCCAUAAUUAUGGACAGGAAGCAGCCUGGUGGAAACACAAUCCUCUCGUUGAAGAAAUCCGGUCCCCAGUUGCCUCGACUUCUUACCCAGUUCUCAGCCAGCAUUGCCGGGACAGGUAUUGCUGUCGUCUUAUCAGUUCUCUGCAGAGUGGCCUGCAAUCGGCUGCCCUUGUGCGCGUCCAAGAUUUUGAGCACCGGGUUGGGCUUAGGUCUCGUGUGGCUCUCUUGGGCCGUCAACAGGCUGAGGGAUACCGUUGUCUCUAUUAGCAAAACCUCUAGCAAAGGCGAUGGCAGAGAAGAGGAAAUGGUGAGUGUUUUGGACAGGAACUUGAAAGACAUCUACUUCAGGGCAAUCACAUUGGUGGCCGUUGUCGCUCUCAAGGCAGUGUAGCCCUGGUUAAGAGAAAGGAGGUAUGUGGCUUUUGCUGCAUAGAUUUCAAUCAUCAUACUCAAGUGGAGCUAAUUUGAUGACAACAUUCUACUACACAGCAUUGUAAAUGUAUAAAUUUUGGUCCAAAGAUGAAUGCUUUGUUCUAUCA